UUAGGAGGCACCACGUGAAUAAUUAAUGAACUCUUGAAACACCUGUAAUUCUUGUAUUUCUUUGUCAACAAACUAUCAAUUGAGAUCUGUACAAGGAAGAGUGUUCAUGUUUAUCAUACGUUGUAAAAUUUCUUAGCCAGAAUUAAUUAUUUUAAAGAGGCAAGUGGAGUUCAUUUCCCUGCUUAAAGGCAAUACAGGUAAUCAAACAUGACAACAAUUUUCCUGCAUAUUUGUAUAUUGACAGCAGUUUUUUUAAGCAGCUAUGUAGAGGGGAAAAGAGAUCCAGUACUAUACUGCGGAGCCUGCAGGGCAUUGGUAGAUGAGCUGCUGUAUGAAAUUAAAAAAGUGAACCCAAAGAAGACAGUUGACGUAGGGUCAUUCAGGAUAAGCCCAGAUGGAACACAAGGCAGGAGUAAGGUUCCAUUAGCAAAAUCUGAAUCGUACCUGACUGAAGUAUUGGAAAACAUAUGUGAAAAAAUGAAUGAUUAUGGCCUUUAUGUGCAUCCAGAGACCAAGGAAAAAUCAUACAAAAGAUUUGCUCCAAGAGAAGAUGAAGGAAUUGGCUCAGUAGAUUUUCAAAAUUUUCAGUUUAAUCCUGAGGAGUCCAGUACUUUAAAGUUUGCGUGUGAAGGAGUUGUAGAAGAGCAUGAAGAUGAACUUUUUUCACUUAUUACCCAGGAGGCAGAUCAACUUGCUGACAAGUUAUGCACUGAGGAAUCAGGUCUUUGUAAAGACUUUCUUCACAGUGAAUUAUAGAAGAAACCUUACAGUACUUCUAAGAAGAUUAAAUUAAUACAGUACUUCUAAGAAGAUUAAAAUACCACCACAGUG